AUGACAAACCCUCCCUUUCCAACGCUCUCCCAACAGAACCGUGACUUGUUGGUCGAGGCGCUCCUCCAAUGGUCGCUUGGUAAUGGGCUCACAAUGUAUCCUCCAGGAUACGAGUCGCUCCACGUCGUUGCUAACGCCCCAGUGACAUUGUUCCCUACUCCCAUCCCCAAACUGGCGUUCAACGCCGCCAUUGCCGUCCAACAACCAUUUAAUCAAGUUUAUGCUAAUGUGGUGCUGAAAAAGCAGUGGCUUGUCGACGUGAUCAAAGUGUUAGGCGCCCACGACCCUGAGUUCACUGGAAGACUCUUUGAGACUUACCAAAAGUCGUUGGUGGACGGCAAACCCGUGCAGCGAGUGUCGCUUGGGUUGUUCCGUCUGGACUAUAUGGUCGACACUGAGACCAAUUCCAUCAAGCAAAUUGAGUUUAAUACGGUGCUGGUGCUGUUUGGUGGGUUGUCAACGAAAGUGGGUCAGUUGCACAAUUACCUUAAUUCGCAAGGGUUUUACGAUGACAACUACUCCUAUGAAUACUACAAUAAGGAUGUGAUUCCCGUACUGCCGUCGACGGUCGAGUUAGCUCGCGGGUUAGCCAAAGCCAACGAGAAGUACGGUGAGCUUACGAAACCUGAUAACGAAACGGUGGUGUUAUUUGUCGUCCAACCCAAUGAACGUAACUGCUUUGACCAACGCCACGUUGAAUACGCUCUCUUGAACGAGUUUGGAGUGAAGCUGGUCAGAGUGACGUUUAACGAGCUUGCCACUAAGACUUCGGUGCGUGAAGACAGAUUAUAUGUCAAGCUGACAAUGGACCAAGUGUCGGUGGUGUACUAUCGUUCAGGGUACGGGCCCGAGGAAUACGGGUCGGAAAUUGAAUGGGAAGGUAGACUUAAAGCGGAAAAGACGCUUGCGAUCAAGUGCCCUUCGAUCUUGACUCAGUUGUCGGGGGCUAAGAAAGUACAACAGGAACUCACUAACCCUGAGAUUCUUGCCAAAUUUAUCGAAGAUUCAGAGGCAAUUGAAAAAGUGCAACUGACUUUCGUUAACAUUUAUCCCAUGGACGAUUCUGAGGCAGGGUUGAAGGCUCGUGAAUGGGCUCAAGACUCGCAGCAGUGUCUCAAAUUUGUGCUCAAGCCGCAAAGAGAAGGCGGUGGCAACAACGUCUACAAGGAAGAUAUCCCUAAGUUUUUAGAGAAGUUACCGAAAGAGGAGUGGGAGGCUUACAUUUUGAUGGAGUUGAUCAACCCUCAGCAGCACCCGAACCUGGUUAUCCGCAACUCUGAGGUGUUCUCUGAGACGAUUCUACUGGAGUUGGGUAUCUUUGGCACGGUGUUGUUCAACGAGGAGGAUGGUGAUAUUUAUCACAACGAGGGCGCGGGUUUCCUUUUACGGCUGAAGUUCUCGUCGUCAAACGAAGGCGGUGUCGCUGCGGGCUUUGGCUGCGUCGACACUGUUUGUUUGACUGAGUAG